AUGUCCAACAGCAGCUCCAUCACCCACUUCCUCCUCCUGCCAUUUGCAGGCACACAGCAGCUGCAGCUGCUGCACUUCUGCCUCUUCCUGGCCAUCUACCUGGCUGCCCUCCUGGGCAACAGCCUCAUCAUCACCACCAUAGCCUGGCACCACCACCUGCACACCCCCAUGUACUUCUUCCUCAUGAACCUCGCCCUCAUUGACAUGGGCACCAUCUCCACCACUGUGCCCAAAUCCAUGGCCAAUUCCAUGUGGGACACCAGGGUCAUCUCUUACACAGGAUGUGUUCUCCAGCUCUUCUUCCUAAUAUUCCUUGUUGAUGCUGAGUUUUGUCUUCUCAUAGUCAUGUCCUACGACCGCUACAUUGCCAUCUGCAGACCCCUGCACUAUGAGACCAUCCUGGGCAGCAGAGCUUGUGCCCACAUGGCAGCAGCUGCCUGGGCCAGUGGCUUUCUCAAUGCUCUGUUGCACACAGCCAAUACAUUUUCCCUGCCCCUCUGCCAGGGCAAUGCUGUGCACCAGUUCUUCUGUGAGAUCCCUCAGAUCCUCAAGCUCUCCUGCUCCAGAACCUACCUCAGAGAAGCUGGACUUAUUGUGUUCAGUGUCUGUUUAUUCUUUGUCUUUGGCUGCAUUGUGUUCAUUGUGGUGUCCUAUGUGCAAAUCUUCAGGGCAGUGCUGAGGAUGCCCUCUCAGCAGGGACGCCACAAAGCCUUUGCCACCUGCCUCCCUCACCUGGCUGUGCUCUCCCUGUUUGUCAGCACUUGCAUGUUUGCCUACCUGAAGCCCCCCUCCAUCUCCUCCCCAUCCCUGGAUCUGGUGGUGUCAGUUCUGUACUCAGUGGUGCCUCCAGCAGUGAACCCUCUCAUCUACAGCCUGAGGAACCAGGAGCUGAAGGAUGCCCUGAGCAAGCUGCUCACUGGAUGCUUUCAGAAGCAGUAAACUGUUUCUCUUCUGCUGCAGGGCAGUUCUGGUGUCACUCAGUGCAGGCUCAGUCUGCUUCUCAGGUGUUUGCUGUUUGUGGUGGACUUUUAAUCCUGUUUCCUUCCCCUUUCUUGUUCCCUCUGUGUUGGCUUUUCUGACUGAGAGUCUAUGCAGGAGGAGCUCUGAUCCUUG